CGCAUCUGAAGCAUUCUCGUCACGGUGGUUCCCCUCAUAAACAUCCAGUCCAUCAGCCCACGCUUCUUUCUCCCCUCCAUUCCCCAUCACCACCACGAUUCAUUUUCUUCCCGCGGGUUGCCUGUGUCUCUGCUCGUGGUGCCCGACAGAAUGCAGGCAAACACUCCCUGGUCCGGCGUCUUCCUGCCUCGCCAUUUGCGUCGCAUUGCGCCCAUUUUCUUCUCGGCCUUUGUGCUAGUCUUUUAUCUCUCGUUGACGGGGACAUUUGGGGGGGGCCACGGGGAACUGUCAGGCCCCACUGCGCGAUACAAGCACUUUCCCCGGAAGAUCUGGCAGUCCUGGAAAGUCCAUCCGCUGGCAUUUGAGCCGCGAGAUCUCCUGGUCGCUCGAAGCUGGCCGGAGAAGAACCCGCGCUAUCGAUAUGAAGUGCUGACCGAUGAGAAUGAUCUGGACUAUGUGGAGACCCACUACGGACCCGAGGGGCUGAACCGACCGGACAUUGUCGAGGUCUAUCGCUCGCUCAACGCGCGCAUUAUCAAAGCCGAUCUGCUGCGAUACUUGAUCAUGUAUGUGGACGGAGGGAUCUGGGCCGACAUUGACGUGGAAGCCCUCCGUCCGCUGGACCGCUUUAUCCCCGAGCGGUUCACCGAAGACGAGAUGGAUCUGGUGAUUGGCGUUGAGAUUGAUGAGCCCGAGUUCCACGACCACGCGAUCCUGGGACAGAAAUCCCAGUCCUUCUGUCAAUGGACGUUCAUGAGCAAGCCCCGGCACCCCGUCAUGAUGCGGCUGGUGGACAACAUCCUGGCUUGGUUACAUGGGCUGUCGGUGCAGCAAGGCAAGCCCAUUGGGGAACUCGAGCUCGACUUUGACGACGUGAUUAGUGGCACGGGGCCCUCCGCCUUCACCUCCGCGGUGCUGGCGGAGAUGGGCGUCCGGUUGGGUCACGAAGUGCGCUGGAACACCUUCCACAACAUUCCCGAGUCCAAGCUGGUGGCUGGCAUCCUCGUCCUGACCGUCGAGGCCUUCGCGGCGGGUCAAGGCCAUUCGGACUCGGGCAACCACAACGCCCGCACUGCCCUAGUGAAGCAUCACUACCAUGCGUCCAACUGGCCGUCCAACCACCCUCGCUUCAGUCAUCCUGUCUAUGGGGAAGUCGAGAAAUGCAACUGGAACAAAGAGUGCGUGCGCGCAUGGGACGAGAAUACGGCUGCGUUUGCCGCCCUUCCGCCCGACGAGCAAGAGCGCCAGAUUGCCCUGAAGCAGGCCAACGAUGCUGCUGAGGCCGAACUGCAGUUGAAUCUCGGGAUGGACUUGGGGUUGGAUCUGGGGCUCAACCUCGGCCAAUAACAACCAUUUGCCAAAAGGUAUUUGUACGAAUUGAGAUGGCGUCCUGGGAUUUGGUGUUGGUAAUGGUUUGAUGAACUAGUCUUCACAUGUAGCGCCUGAAUAUCACAGUUUCGAUGGUUUUCACAAUUGGCAGUCCCUGGAAGGCUUGCAGUGGCCGGUAGUUAUGCGAAGUAGUGCCAUGCUACACUAGUUGUACAGUAAGUCACUCGGGAAAUGUGGGGCCGCCAGUGAUAGUAAAUAGAUGAUGGUGUUUGCCUG